AGGAGAAAAAGGUCUUUCAUUUAGUUAAAUGGAAGACACUCACAAUGGAUAAAAAACAAGGUGGUUUAGGAAUAAGGAAUUUGAAGAAUCAUAGCAAGGCUCUUAGAAUGAAAUGGUUAUGGAAGUACUCUCAAGAACCCCAAUCUUUAUGGGGCAAAGUGAUCAAAGCAAAGUAUGGUGAGGAAAAUAACUGGGUGUCAAAAAAAGUCAGAACAUCAUAUGGAGUAAGUGUGUGGAAAUCCAUCAGAGAACUUUGGCCUAUAAUGAAGAAUCACUCCUCCAUAAGAGUGAACAACGGAAGGAACACAUCAUUAUGGAAUGAUAAUUGGUUAGGAAACGGAAGCUUAAAGGAAAGAUACCCGACAUGUUUGGUUUAGCACAAAACCAGCAUAAGACAGUAGCUGAUAUGAGGAGUCAUCAAGGAUGAGAAAUCGCUCUAAGAAGACAGUUGAAUGACUGGGAGAUAACAAGAUUAGUUGACAUUUACAAAGAGCUGGAAGCAUUUAAAGGAUUACAGGAAGGUUUUGAUUCACUUUGGUGGAAGAGGCACAACAGAGGGGUAUACCGGGUGAAGGAUGCAUAUAAGAUUUUGAAUCAUAAUAAUCAACAGGUGGACCCAUGGCCUUGGAAACAUAUAUGGAAAACAAAGAUUCCAUACAAGGUAGCUUGCUUCACUUGGCUACUAGCAAAGGAGACGGUAUUAACCCAGGAUAAUCUCAUAUAAAGGAGAAUUUCUCUGUGCUCAAGAUGUUUUCUGUGCGGGGAAAAUGCUGAAACUGUCACACAUUUGUUUCUACAUUGCAAGAUUACGGACCAGCUAUGGAAAAUCUUUAUUAGUCUUAGGGGUAUUUCAUGGUCAAUGCCAUACAGGCUUAAAGAUGUCCUUUAUAGCUGGGAAGAAGCUGGAGCUGAAGCAACUAGUAGAGAUAGAUGGAGGACUGUCCCGGCUUGUAUCUGGUGGACAGUUUGGAGGGAAAGGAACGCUAGAUGUUUUGAAGAUAGAAGCAAUCCAGUGCAGAAGAUCAAACUCGAUUGUAUUCUUCUUUUUUGUUUUUGGUGCAAACAGAUUUACAUAGAAGAUACAUUGACAAUCAUAGACAUACUAGGAUCUUGCUAGGUCUUGAAUUAGAACAUCUACUAAUCCUCUCCAUGUAAAUUUGGUUUUCAGUGCAAGCUAUGUACUGAUGUUUUUAAUAUAUACAAUAGUUACCAAUUCGAAAAAAAGAAUAACCAAUAUUGGACCAAUUAUCAUUCCAAGAUACCAUGUCAACAAAGAUAGUAAAUAUUAACCUAAGAUAAAAAUUUAAAAAAACUUGAAUAGACAAAGAGUAAAAUCUAAUCUAGACCAAAAAAAAACUAGCAAGGAAGAAGGGUGAAUAGUAAAUCCGUUACUAUUCAUCGGCCAUAACUUCGGAAUCUAGCAGUGGAUUUUCGCAAACUUGGUAUCAAAAGAUUCAUUUUCUCUUUGCGCACAAUCCCCAAUUGGUUUCACCCUCAAAUCCAUAGCCAAUUGUUACAGAUCUACAAAUUGGUUCGUCCAUUACUGUAGCAAAACAGUGUAUCUGGGCAACUUCUUCUUUUCUGUGCGAUGUAGUGUUGAAACUUUUGCGUAAUAGAGCCUUUCCAUGGCAGCCAACGUCUCUCCCCAGCCUUUGGCUGUGGGAGAGCAGAAUCCAAACUCAAAUGAAGUUACUCCAAACAUCAACAACUUUGUUACAUAUGCAGCAAGUUUGAAUCAAAAGCAAUCUGCCACAUCUCUCACAAAAACGAGUUUGAAACCUUUUGAAAUUGUUCAUGGAGUUCCUACGAUUCAAUUUUCCAUGGAUGAACGUGAAGAAUUUGCAAAGGAGGAAGGAUUACAUCAAGCAGUGAUGAUAAAACUGUCCAGCGACGCACCAAAUUUACAGAUUUUAAGGAGUAUUCUGCCGAAAAUCUUUGGUAUCAAAGGUAAUUGCUUGUUCGGUUCUUUGGCUCCACGACAAAUUUUAAUUCGUUGUGAUCAACAUGAAGAUUAUGUUGCUUGUUUGGCAAGAGCUGUAAACUAUUUUCAACAUAAUGGAAGGGAGCAUCAAUAUAGAGUUUUCCCAUGGAGUGUUGGAUAUAAUCCAAACCAGGAAACUUCGAAGGUGGCUAUUUGGAUUUCUUUGCCGAAUUUGUCGCCUGAACUGUUUGCUCGUAAGCCUUUAUUGUCCAUUGCGGCUGCUAUUGGAAAACCAAUCGCAAUUGAUAAGGCAACACAAGUUAGAUCUCGUCCUAGCACGGCAAGAGUCAAGGUUAUCAUUGAUUUACUUGACAAACUUCCUGAAAAGAUUAGGCUUCAAUAUCUUGAUGUUAAAACUGGUAAGAUUGUUGAGGAUUACCAGGAAAUUAUCUAUGAUAAUUUGCCUUCGUAUUGUGGCCAUUGUAAGCAUCAAGGACACGAAGAAAAUCAAUGUCGGCGCUUAAAAGGAAAGGCAGUUCAAGCAACUCGUGUUUGUGAUGAGAAUGAGCAUCAAAUAGUUGAAAAAUUGCAGGGUGAUGCAAGAGAUUUUUUGAAUGCUUAGAGAGCUGGGCAACAACUUACAGAAGGAUCAGAAAAUGAUAAGAAUGCUAGGCAGCAGGUGUGUGAUGAUUUGAGUAAAAAGGCAGAUGCAACAGGUGUUAAAGGUGCUGUGCAAGUAGAAAAACUGAUGUUAAUAUCCCUGAUGGUGCACAGAUUCUCAGCAAUUCUGGGAUCUCAAAGAGUGUCGCUAUUGUUCCUGUCGAUCGUGCCUUAGCUAGGAAUCGAGGGAAUGGCAGUAGUAUAGGGACAAUAACGGGAGGUGAUCGACCUAUUAAUGGUACAGGUGAACAAGCUGAUAAUGCAGCAGGAUACAAAGUGAGGAGGGGCAGGAACAUGUAAGUACUGAGGCCUUGGAGUGUGCUGAUGCUACAGCCUGUAAGGCUGUGAAUAUGGAAAAUUCAGCUGCAGGUGUAGCAGGGGCAGGACAUAGUGGUGUAGGUGCACAUUCGAAGUCUACUACUGCAUUGAAAACAACUGUUGAUCAUGUUGUUGCACUGGUUGAACCAGUUGAGAAAUCAGCAGCAACAGGUACAACUCCUGUAGAUGUAUCUACUGCUGUUUUAGUUCCAGCUGAAAUUGUUUCAACACCUACUGAUGCUG